UCUGUUCAAAAGCUUGGGUGAGACCGAAGAAAACAAUGCAAAGUGCACAGGACCCAAAAUAUCGGUACCCUGUACAUCCAGUAAAAUCUUGUCCAAAAACAGAAGAAGAAUGGAGAAGAUCAGCUGAGCAUUUAAAAUGUUCUUACGAUCGAACACUGAAGCAAAGAUAUUUAUGUAUUCCAAACCAGAAAAAGACGGCUCUUCUUGAAUUCUGCUAUGAUCUAGUCCGGCCAAGAAUUGUAGAAGGAUUCUGUGCAGAACUGGCAGGAACCGGCACCUUGAAUCAUGAAAGCUGUGCACAUUUCCCAACUGGAUGUCCAAAUGUGUCCUACUUCAGUGACGAAAUAUAUAAAUAUCCAAAAUGCUUGGACAUAGAUACAGAACAAAGGUGUUUCAGAGUAGAACCAUUCUGCCAAAAUAGGUAA